AUGGAGAACAAAGAGGAAGAAUUGCUUGCUAUGGCUUAUAAAGUUCAGGGUGUUUUACCGGAACGCCCGUUGCAAGAAAUAUUAAUUGAUUUGCAAAAAACGCUUAAUGUUGAAGCAACCAUUGCUAGAAUACUUGACGGAACUUUCUUGCAAGGAACCUUGCUGGAUCCUUCUGAAGGGCCUCUUUCAGUGAUGCAAAAUCCGGUUCCUACUUAUGGGGUUCCACAGUUUGUGAAUGCUGUCCCAAAUCCGAACACCAAUUUUGUUGAUCAAGAAAUCAUGCCAAGAUUCGAUUCGAAGAAUCCAAACUGUUCCAUCUCUUCUUUGUGUUCGAUGCAAGACAAUGCUAGCAAUUUCAGAUUUUCAUUCCCUUAUUCGCCUAUUCCACAAAAGGAGCGUGAUUACGAUUCAUUCUUAGAUCUUGAAUAUCCUUCGGAUCGUUUAAAUAAGACGAGUGAUUCCGAGAAAAAUAAUAGUGCCAUAUUAUCUGGACUUAUGGAUCAAGUAAAUGCUCAUAACACAAUUGAAUGUUUAAAUACAAAUAAUCGGGUCAACGAUGAAACGACCGGAUCUGCAAAAGAAGUUCAAAUUAGAAUCGAAUGCAAGAAUACAGCUAUUGAGGUUGACGACAUAUCAAAGGAACCUGCAAAGCUUGUUUCAUCGCCUACAGAAGAAACUUCGUUGAAAAUUACGGAAAAAAAACCUACGAAAAGAGAAACAAGGGGAAGAAAAAGAAAGAUUGUUAAAGAAUCUGAAGUUAACAAUAAGACCUUAAAAUCGAAAACCGCAGAAAAUUUAGAAAAGCAACGUAAAAAAGAACUAAGAUUAGAACGACAAAGAGUCAAGCGUAAAACCGAUAAAUUAGAAGCGAUCAAAGAAAUCAUAGUAGAUGUAGAGAGUAAAUUAAUGGCACAACCUUUAGGGCCUCUAUUGAGUAAUAUAUUUGAAGAAAUGUCAGUGAGCUUUAAUAUUGUGUCCACAAAUGUUGCUAAUACCAUCAGCUGGCGGCGUAAAGUCAAAGCAGAAUGGAAAGAAGAAUCCAAUGCUUAUAUACCUGUCCCGGAAUAUAUCAAAGAAGAACAACAUGUAUUAUACUAUUUGCCGAUUGCUGAAUUAUGCAACUUGAUAGAAACCAACGCAUUACAGUCUCAUUAUAUAGCAUUGAAGGGUAGUUUUCCUAAUAAACAAUUGAUUUAUCUAAUUGAGGGGCAGGAAGAAUAUUGUCGAAAAAAGAGAACGCAGCAAAAUCGUAUAUUUAAUGAAGCUGUGCGUUUGGGAAUCGAAGGUGGCCCCGUUACCGCUAAAAAGAAUAAAAACAAAACAGAUGAACAUGGUCCUAAUGAAGAUAAAAUUGAGGAUGAUCUCAUCUGGCUGCAGGUGAAUACCGAAUGCUUGAUCGUUCACGCCAAAAACGUGGAUGAAUCGAGUAAGAAAAUUUGCACACUCACUGGUGAUAUUGCAAGAAAUCCAUACAAGAAUUUAAAUGAAGGUUUGAAUUUCUGUGUCGAAAACGCGAUUCGAUCUGGAACCGAUGAAGCUGAUACUUGGCAGCGAACACUUCAAGCAAUCCCAGCAGUGACGGUGCCCGUAGCUUCAGCCAUUGUACGUAAAUACCCAACGAUCAAAUCUUUUUAUGCGGCAUAUUUUAAAUGUCGUACAAUCGAAGAAGGAGAAUUACUACUUUCAAAAAUAGAGAUUGCAAAUGCGGAACUGGGGCAUUCUCAUCGUUUCAUUAAUAAACCUCUUUCAAAGAAAAUAUACGAUAUAUUCAUGCAACAAGAUCCAAAUGCCUUAAUUCAGAAUUAA